AUGAGCAGGAUUAAUGCUGCAUUUCUGAGUUGUCCUGAAAUUAACUCUGAAGGUCAUUAUACAUGCUGUAGACAAUGUAUUAAUAACUAUGUAAAUUGUCGGGCAAAUGAAGUUGCCUCAGCUGCCGUAGGUGGUGGUGAUUUUGAUUGCUGUUGGUAUCUGUGUUUCGGAUGUUCGGAUCAUUCGGCCUUGGCGCCUACAUGUUAA